AUGGGGAUUAAAGGCAUAUACAAGGAAAUUGGCACCGGCAAGCGAAUAUCCCUUACAAAGCUUGCUGUCGAGAAACUUGAAGAGACCGGUCGCCCUUUGCGUAUAGCUAUAGAUAUCGCUAUAUGGCAAUUCCAAGUCCAGGCAGGUCGAGGCGGUUCUAACCCAGCUGUUCGAACGCUAUUCUAUCGGCUGCUUCGUUUGCUUGGCUUAUCUAUACAACCCAUCUUUGUUUUCGAUGGCCCUAGAAAACCCGUAUUCAAGCGAAACAAGCGCUCCGGUCGAGGUGAUGGCGUUGCCACAGCUAUGGCUAAGAGAAUGAUCAGAUUAUUCGGGUUUCAGGUCCACGAUGCUCCUGGAGAAGCAGAAGCCGAGUGUGCACUAUUACAGCAAACUGGCAUCGUCGAUGCUGUACUCAGCGAGGAUGUUGACACCAUUAUGUUCGGCUGCACACGGACACUAAGGAAUUGGUCGUCUGAAGGUACAAAAGGAAGCAAAACGCCUACUCACGUCUCUAUAUACGACACCCAAGGAUUGUUAGAAAGCGGCGCAGGCCUGGAUCGGGAAGGGAUGGUCCUGGUUGCACUCAUGAGCGGCGGUGACUACCUCCCGGAAGGAAUUCCCGGCGCCGGUGUCAAAGUGGCUUGCGAAGCCGCCCGAGCGGGAUUCGGUAAAGCUUUGUGCAGACUGAAAAAGUCAGAUACGUCUGAAAUAUCUAGCUGGAAAGAGUGGCUGGCCUACGAGUUACGGCACAACGAGAGCGGAUUUUUUAAGACGAGACACAAAGCUUUAUCCAUACCGGAGGAUUUUCCAAAUAUCGACGUUCUCAGAUACUAUACUCACCCUGUAGUAUCCCCUGCUUCGACUCUCGAAAGAUUAAAGCAACAACAAUGGGAUCAACCGGUUGACGUCCAAGGGCUACGAGAGUUUGUCAGAGAAACCUUUGAUUGGAAUUAUCGCAUAGGGGCUAUCAAGUUUAUAAGGGUUCUAGCACCGUGCUUGUUGGUACGAAAGCUGAUAACACGGAGCGUUGGUGGUGAUCGUGAGUCCGAUUCCACCGAAGUUCUAGAGAAACAGGAGUCGGAACUAGUAAGGUCAAUUACAAGUAGACGUACUCAUUUCAGUACGGAUUCAACGCCAGAAUUACGUAUAUCUUUCGUGCCAACAAAAAUAGUCGGUUAUGAUUUCCAAGAAGAACCGGAUGAAGUCAUCGACUAUGGACGAGAUGGUCUAGCCCUCAAUAGUGAUGAGGAAUUCGAACCUACAGCCGAAGAUGAGGGAGUCGAAGCGGUCGGGAAGACCAGUAAGAAGCCAUUUAAUCCGGUCGAGCCCGACCUAUUCUGGUUACCAGAAACCAUAGCAAAACUUGGAAUACCUAUUACAGUUGAGGACUGGGAAGAAGCGCAACGUGCCAAGCUAGCACCUCGCCAGAAGGCCAAGGCCCCAAAGCAAAAGAGUAAACCCAUAUGUACCACUUCUAGGGCAUUAGACAAGUUCGUCAAGGUUACCAAGAAUAUCCCACGAAAUAUAGAAGCUAGUAAAAAUAGUACGCCAGUAUCUUCUACAACUUCUCGGAUUAGCAGUCCACUUGGUAUCCCCAGUAUACCUUCGCAAAUAUCACCUCCCUUUAUUCCAACCAGUCAGACAUCUCAAAAAACACGUCCCGCAAGAUCUAGUAAGCAGACUAAAUCUAAGUCCACGGCCAGGAAUGCAUCCCCAACAUCAAGACCGGAUGCGAGUGCCAAUCCCUGGACGAUUUCGAGUUCACACGCCAAUGCCAGGGCUCCUAAGGCCAAGUCUACGAAAGCUUCCGAGACCAUUAUUAUAUCAUCUAGUCCCCCUACGUCGCCCGGCCCAAUCCAUCAUUCUAUAACACAGGGUUUGGAUAAUAGCACUACUGAAAAUAUUUCUUCAAUGUCUCUUUCUUCAACUUCAAGUUUGUGCCCUCGAAAGCGGUGUUUUAUCACGCCAACUAAGACGGACCAGAGAAGCGACGGGGCGUCCAACAGUCAUCUUGCAGUAGGAAGUGCCCUAAGUCCAUCACCGAAAUCAAGUCAAAAGAUACCCCAUCGCAAGCUAGCAAGGACGGAAUCACUACCUGUGGCACAAAGCCCACUCACAGAAAAUAAGAACGGGACACAAGGCGAGGAGGACGAGUUCGAUCUUCCUCCACUAAGUACCGUCAUUAACAAACUCCCCCUUGGGAACAAAUCAUCUACAGGGCCUGACAGACCAGAAAAACAAGUAGUUCGAGUCCCGGAGUCGAAAGAGACAAAACAGCAGCUGGGCAAAGAUAAGAAGAAACAGACAACUCUAAACACCUUCAACACAACCAAAAGGAUGACCAAAGUCUAUGCACCCCGCAAGAGCGAACCCGGAUUCUUCAGAGAAGUCGAGGUCGCAGCCGACGAGGCCGAUGACUGGCUCUCGAAAGUUGAGGGCAGCGAUGCUGUACGGGGUAGCACCGGUCGGGGAGCAACAGCAGCAGCAUGGAGACGUAGUGAUAUCUCGUGCAUCGACCUGACGGGUGAAGAUUGA